UCCAGUUCAGCCUGCCCUACAGCUGCAGCCAGUCAGACAGUCUGCUCAACUGCCAGCAGCCACUGACUACCUGAGCCAUUGCUGCCAAUGCGCUACUGAAGCUACUAAAUACUAGGUGAUCCAUUGCCAAAGCCAUGGCCUGCUCUUAGCUCCAACUAGCCUUGGUGAUUUUUGUUUUCUGGUGGCCAAGAUGACGAAGAAGAGCGGUUAUGGGAGGGCUACGUGUGAUGCUCACCAUGACCAAUCCAAGAUCACGGGAGAAGCAAAUCAGCAAAAGAAGCAUGGACAGAGCAACGGUUCAUCAGGGUACCAAGCUCCUGCGACUGCGAAGAGGAAGACGUGGAAGAAGUAUCUGACGUUCCUGUCGAUGUUCCACAACAAGAUGAAGCACAAAAAGUCGGAUACCAAGGCACCAAACGGCUUCAAGCAGAGGAGGAACACGAAGCGCUCGCCCAGUCCAGUGCUCCAAGAAUGCAGCAACCUUGUCCGCGUUAUCCAGCGGACGGCGGCAGAUUGCUUCGCGGCGGCGGCGUCCGGCGCUGGUGAUGAAGACGAGCUGCCUUGUUACAUGCAGCUUGACCAGGUGAGCUACGGCGUGAAGAGGGAGGCCUUCGGACCGAUCUACCUCGUCACAUGAUAUUUGGUGGUUUCAGUGCUAACUGCUUCAUCGUUCAGAUGCCAUGGCAAUCUUCUUGCUUGCCAAUCAAAACAAAGUUAGCAAUUGAGUGAUCUCCUGAUUGAACCGAGAGUCAUUCAUUUGUCAAUUCUUCUUUAUUUUAUUUGACUGCAUAACCUCCUCAAGUAGUUUUGUUUGAUCAUUGCUUG